AUGCGUGUCCCCUUUGUUGUCUAUGCCGACUUUGAGAGCUUCACAGAGAAUAUAGACACUUGCUCCCCAGAUGGGAGUAAAAGCUUCACUAAGCAAUACCAGAAGCACAAACCGUCUGGUUUCUGCUAUCUCAUCAAGUGUUUCGACGGAGAUAUAUCCCCAUCCGAGCUUGUACGGUACACAGCUGAAUCUCCAGACGAAGAUAUCCCACAGCUUUUCGUAGAGUCUUUGGAGUCAGACAUUAAGAAAAUUUACGAUAAGUUCAGGUUCCCUAAGAAGGUAAAAAUGACUCCGAAGGACAAAAUCGCCUAUAACGACGCCACUCACUGCCACAUUUGUGAGGGUAAAUUAGGGGAAGACAAGGUUUUGGACCAUUGCCCCCUUACAGGGAAGUACAGAGGUGCUGCUCACAACGCAUGCAACUUAGAUCACAAAAUUCCAAAGUUCUUUCCUGUUUUCUUCCACAACCUGUCCGGGUACGACAGUCAUUUGUUUAUCAAGAACCUAGGCGCGUCGGAGGGUAAGAUAAGUUGCAUACCUAAUAACGAGGAAAAGUAUAUCUCUUUCACGAAACAGGUCGUGGUCGACAGUUUCACGAACAAGAAGGGCAACAAGAUUGAUGUUAAACGUGAUAUCAGAUUUAUCGACAGUUUCAAGUUUAUGUCGGCCAGUCUCGACAGUCUAGUAGGUAACAUGUCAAGGGAGUGCUUCAAAAACCUGGCGAAGUACUAUGAGGGGGAGGAGCUCCAGCUGUUGUUGAGGAAGGGUGUUUUCCCUUACGACUGGUUCGACGGCUUUAGCAAGCUCGACGCAACACAGCUCCCACAGAGAGAGGCAUUCCACUCCAUACUCAACGGCACCGAAAUAUCGGAGGAGGAUCACCUGCACGCGCGGAGAGUGUGGGAGGUCUUUGGGAUGGGGACCAUGAGGGAUUACCACAAUCUGUAUCUAGAGUCGGAUGUGUUGCUUUUAGCUGACGUUUUCGAGAACUUUAGAGACGUUUGUCUCAAGAAUUACGAUCUGGACCCCGCUUGGUACUACACAGCGCCAGGGCUGGCUUGGGAUGCAGCCUUGAAGACCACCAAGGUGAGGCUGGAGCUUCUGACGGACUAUGACAUGUUGCUCAUGAUUGAGAAGGGCAUCCGCGGGGGUGUCUCCAUGAUAAGCAACAGACAUGGGGAGGCAAAUAACCCUUACAUGAAGGAGUGGAUGGGUGACCAAGAGCUGUCAGGUUGGAGAGACCGCCCAUGCAUUCUGGAGGUUGACUUGGAGUACCCCCACCACCUACAUGACUUACACAAUGACUACCCACUAGCCCCGGAAUCUAUCGGGCUAGGCAAGGUGGACAAGUUGGUCCCCAACCUCAACGACAAGACAAAGUACGUUAUCCACCAUGAGACUCAGAGUUUUGGGCUAAAAGUCACCAAGAUUCACAGGGGUGUCACUUUUGAGGAGUCUGCGUGGCUGGAGCCCUACAUUGACUUGAACACCGAUCUGAGAGCCAAGGCGACUAAUGAUUUUGAGAAGGACUUCUUCAAGUUGAUGAACAACUCCGUCUUUGGGAAAACCAUGGAGAACAUUAGGAACAGGGUGGACAUUCGCUUGGUGACGGACGAGAAGCAGGCCAAAAAGCUCAUAUCAAAUCCGAACUAUCAACAUCGCACCAUCUUUUGCGAGAAUCUAGUCGCCAUUCACAUGAAGAAGACAAAGUUAACCUUCAACAAACCCGUUUACUUGGGUAUGUCCAUCCUGGAUAUAAGCAAGACGCUCAUGUAUGAUUUCCAUUACAACUUUGUCAAACCCAAGUAUGGUGAGGCGGCUAAGCUCUUAUUUACCGAUACGGACAGCCUCGAUGUAUGA